CGCACUGAAAGAGAGAGAGAGAGUCACAUGCAAGGCUCCUCUGCCUCGCUCAUUUCAAUUUUCCUCAAUGAAUGAAAAUUUUUCACGGCAAAGUGUUUUUUCGGUUCGUUUCGUUUCGUGCUUGCUACGCGGUCGGUCGUUGUGCUGUCGCGUUGCGUCCACAUUGGUGUGCCCCUGUUUUACGCGACCCAAAGGCCUGCCUGCCACAAAAAAAAGUUGUAAAUCCACCAAAUACCUAAUGUAUAUACUUAAAUUUCUAUUGCAUGUGCACCAGCAGCGGCCAUAAGAGAGAGAGAGAGUUAAAUAAUGUGUAAAGAGUGUUUGUGAUUUUAUCGUGUAUAUAACAAAAAUAAAAAAUAUAUUCUAUGCCUUUUGCAUAACAAAAACAACGCCAGCAGAAAGAGCAAAAGGAAAGAGCCAGAGAAAAGAAAACGAGUGACAAAAAACACGCACACAUCAACCAACACACACACGCUCGCACACACACAGGAGACGGUGGGACGCCUACGUCAAUAAGUAAAAACGGACCAAAAUCGAGAAGAAGCAACGAUGCAGCAGUCCUCGAUGAGGCAGUGGUUGUUGUUGGCGUUGUUGUUGUUGCCGCACUGAAGACACACACACACACACACACACAUAGACCACGUAGAAGCCUCCAUGUUGCACAUGUUGCAGCAAGUAAAAUGCUCAGCGCUGCCAAUGCAACAGCCACAAAUGCAGCAGGAGCAGGAGCAGCAGCGAUUGCCGCAACCGAAACUUAUGUCAUAACAAACAAGAAACAACAACAGCAGCAGCAUCAGCAGCAACAGCAACAUUUUGUUGUUGCCACCAACAAAAUGGUGAUACCUGCCACUGGAGCAACAACAGCAACAACUACAUCCACAACAGCAGCGGCAGAAACAACGCAGCAGCAACAGCAGCAGCAACAUCAGCAACAGCAGCAACAUGUACUGUUUCAGCCGCACUUGCAUGCAACUGCAACAACAUCCACACCUCAGCAACAGCAACAGGCACCACCUCAGCCGCGCCAACAUCCCAAGAAGCGAAAAUUUGAUCCAGCAGAGCUGGACUCACAUGUGAGUCCUUCGGCAUUGAAUUGCGGUGCAGGCGCCAGCGAUAUCAAGCUGCAACAGCAACAACAGCAACAACGUAUUAUAAUUGCAUCACCGCUGCAACAUGCCGGCGGUAGUAGUACUUACAAGCAACAUGUGGCAUGCAGCAGCAGCAACAGCAGUAACAAUGGCCAUGCGGCAACAAUCAAUCAUCAGCAACGCACACACACGCCCACAACGGCUGUCUACUACCAACAGCAGCAGCGUUUUAUCUUUAACUCUCACAAUCAGCAACAUGUACAGGAGCAACAUCCACAGCCGCAACAGCAGCCGCAGCCGCAGCCGCAGCAGCAGCAGCAGCAGCAGCAGCAACAACAAUCCUUACUCGAUCUCAGCGAGUGGAACAAUACCCGUGUCCUAGCCAAAAUCCAUAAUCAUUAUGCCCCAGGGAUUAUACGACAAGUGCAGGAGGCACAACCCGAUUCAAUACUCGUGGAAUUCGAUUCCACCGAUCUGGGACUGCUCCUAUAUCCGGAUGUGUUCCACAAUGGACGAUAUCAUGUGAUACUCGAUGCCAGUCCACCCAUGGCAGAUAUCACGCUGGAUGCCCGGGUCUGUGUGCGCCAGCGUGUGGAGGGACGUAGCUCUGGCAGCUUCGUUUAUGUGGAGGGCAUCAUCACGGACAUCAAUCAGGCCACAAAGCAAUACAGUGUCCAAUUGUUUGGCGAUGAUAUGGCGCCCACAAAGGUUGUGCGUCGUGCGGAUCUACGUCUGUUGCAGCCACCCUGGUGGGACGAGCUCAGCGAGCUGUCACCCUCCUCGGGGCCAACCGUAGCAACAACGACAACAGGCAAGCGGAAGGCAGUGGAGGCCAUGCCCGUGCCCGUGCCCGUGCCCGUGUCCAGUGGCAACAUUGUGUACCCAAAGGUGGCCACAGGAACGCCCCUUACUUUUGUGGCCACACGGUACGACGGCAAGCUGCCCACGGCACCGCCCACGCCCACAUCCACCUCCCAGCAGCAGCAGCAGCAGCCGCAACCGCAUCUGAAACAAGAAGAGUAUUACCGGACGACGGCCACAUCACCGUUCCAAAGCUGUGUAGUGCCGACGGCGCGACCGCCCUUGGGGCUGGGGGGCCAUGUGGUGGAGCAGACGACCACGGGGCAGACGGCGGUGCAGGUGAACGGCCUGCCGGACAUAGUGAUCUCUCCGGGAAGCAAUGGGCAGCAGCAGCAGCACCUGAAACCCCAACAGCAGCAGCAACAACAGCAGCAAGCGUCGCGUGGCUGCGACGACUACGAAUCGGAUGACGAGCUGAAUGUGGUGGGUAUCGGGUAUUCGCCGGCUGCCGGCGACCUGGACACGGAGAAGAUGAGCGCCUGCAGCAAACGGAGCAGCAUGCAGAGCCGCGGCAGUACGUCCAGUCUAUUCGAUCAGAGGCUGACACCACGAUCUCAUCCAGCAACUCCAAGAUCUCAGGCUACUACGCCGCAUCGUUUCAAGAAGGGCGACAUCGUGGAAUCGGAGUCCGGCGUGCGCAAGAAGUACAAUGGGAAGCAGUGGCGACGCCUCUGUAUGCUCUGCACGAAGGAAUCUCAGAGGAGGGGCUUCUGUUCGAGGCAUUUGAAUCAGAAGGGUAACAAUGCCCAUCCCUCGUCCACGGGUCCGAAUCGUUUACUGAGUGAUAGUCGUUCCAGCAGCAAGACACAGAUCGAUGAGGACACAUCGCGUGACUCGGAGACAUCGCCCAACUAUCGGGUCAAGGGUCGCUACGAUCAGGAGGACACCGAUGCGGCCGCCGUGCUAGUAUCCCUGAGCAGUUCACGCUCGGCCACGCCAUCGUAUACAUCACCCGUGAAUCAUGCCGGCGCCUCGCCGCUAAAUGCCAUCGCCCACUCGCCGGUCAAUGUGUCCUCGAACCAUCACCACAGGCAGAACUUUUUCACGCCCAUUGCUGCCACCAAUCAAUCCCAGCAGCAGCAACAACAACAGCAACCUGCCGCGGCGACAUCUGUGGCAUCGAUUGGUCCUUUGGAUACGGGAAAAUGGAAGACUACGCCCAGUCCGGUCCUUUACAAUGCCAACAACAACAACAAUGGAUGGGAGGGGAACAACAGCAACAGUGGAGCAUCAGGAAAUGGAACAGGAGGGGGAGGAGGAGCACAGCCACUGCCAAUGCCGCCACAAACAACGCCCGUAUCGCUGGUCAUGCAUGCCCCACCGCCGCAACACCAGCAGCAUCAACAUCAACAACCACCUGCCGCACACCUCAAUGCACUGCCAGGACCUGGAGCGCCGCCCAACAGUGUGGGGCAUGCCACCAGCGUGAUACGCAUCUCCAGCAGCCAGCAGCAUGCGACAACUCAGCAGCAGCAGCAGCAGCAGCCGCAGCAGUCGCAGCAUCCCCAUCCUCACGUGGUUGUGUCUCAGAACCAAACGUUUCAUCCCGUGAUCGUGGAUGCCACACAGCUGACGGUGACGUCCAUGCCGGUUCAGUCCAUGAUGCAGCAGCAGGUGCCGCACACUUCGGUUUCAUUUCAUCAGCCCAACACGCCCACCAACACCACCUCUGUGGCAGUCACGUCGAUAGUGCAUGGCCACGGCCACGGCCAGUGCCAGGGCCAGGAGAAGGUGUUGCCAAAAAACGGCUACAAUGCGCCUAGCCAUCCAUGGUACAAGAUUCUGCCACAAAUGCCGCCCAUGACCAAGGCGCCACAAGGUCCGGCCACACCGACAACGACAACGACCGCCAGCAACUACAGCGUGGUCAUGAUGCACCAACAGCAACAGCAGCAGCCGUCGCCCCAGCAGAGCCCCUUGGGAGGAGGAGGAGUAGGAGGUGCUGUCCAACAGCAGCAGACGUCUCUGAAUCACAACAACAACCAUAUGCUUGUGCCGAAUCCUAUGUCGUCGCCCGGAAAGCCGCUCAACUGUUCCAUGAACGAUGCCAAGGUGGCAGCAGCUGCUGCUGCAGCAGCCGCCGCAGCGGUGACCCAUCAGCAGGCGGCGGCGGUGACUGCAGAGGAGCAGGAUGACCAGCUGGACGACGAUGUGUUCGAAUCCACUCCCGCUCCGGCGGCGGCCAUAACCAACGGAAAGAAACAGACGGCGGCCAUGCGGCAGCAAACGUACACGAGCAACAGCAAUAUCCGGAAGCUGGAGGAGUGCCAUGACGACGGGGCCAAUGGAGGAGCACCCAUCACUUCGGCUGCCAAGCGGAGGAGUCAAUCCUUGAGCGCCCUGCAGCAGCAGCAGCAGCAACAGGCAGCACAACAGCAGCAACAGGCGGCAGCAGCGUCGGCGGCAGGAGGAGCGGCUGGUGGACAGCCAGCAGCAGCGAACAAGAAGAUACGCAGGCCGAUGAAUGCAUUCAUGAUCUUCUCGAAGAAGCACCGCAAGAUGGUCCACAAGAAGCAUCCGAAUCAGGACAAUCGAACGGUCAGCAAGAUCCUCGGCGAAUGGUGGUAUGCCCUGAAGCCGGAGCAGAAGGCCCAGUACCAUGAGCUGGCGAGCGUCGUGAAGGAUGAGCAUUUCAAGCAGCAUCCCGAGUGGAAAUGGUGCUCCAAGGACCGCCGCAAGUCCUCCACGUCGACGGCUGCCGGCAAGGCAGGAGCAGCUGGAGCUGCCGCUGCCGCUGGCGAUGCCAAGUCGCGUCUGGCCUCGGUGGAUGGCUCCGACUCGCUGGAGCACGACAUGUGCCCCAACACGCCGGGCGGGCAGGGCGAUCACCAGGGCGACAUCAUCCCACUGACGAUCGACAACUACAACAGCGCUUGUGAUGAAGCGCCCACCACGAUCUCUGGCGGCAAGGGGGGCAAGCUCCUGAAGAACGAACUGCACUCGGAUGAGGACGAGCAGAUGCUGGUGGUGGAGGAUCAGCCGCCCUGCAAGAAGCUCGACCUGCAGUGUCGCGAACGUGUGAACGAUUCGGACAUGGAUGAUGCCCCCUACGACUACCGCAAGCAGCAACAGCAACAGCAGGAAAAAGAUCAGCGCCCGCAGGAGGAUCAUGCGGUCGGUGCCAAUGGCCAGGCCAUGACUGCACCGCCGACUGGUGGCAGCGGUGGCGAUCGCGAGAUUACGCUCAAGCCGAAGGCAAUCAAGGCCCAUCCGGUGCUGGAGAGCACCAUGCUGCCAUAUCCCCAGAUGUCGAUCUAUACACAGUACACUAGUCCCAAGAAUCCAAUCGGUGUAACACCAUUCCAACCCACAGGCGGCGCCUUCAAGUCGAUGCCCAUCAGCCCCAAGGGCUGCAGCGGCAGUGGCAGCGGCAAAUCCGACGAGGCGGCUGCCGCACUGCAGGCACAUAUAAAGCAGGAGGACAUUAAACAGGAGCCACCAUCGCCAUAUAAACUGAACGGUGGCUCGGUAUCCGCCGCCGGUGUGGUCAGCAGUGCACCGCCGCAGAACAGUGGUGGGAGCUCCGGUGUGGGAGCCAUCUUCAAUUUCAAUGUGCCAACAGCGACGGCCCUCAGCCAGAAGCAGUUCCAGUAUCCCAUGCAUCACGCGCAUCGCAGUCCCACGGACCUGAGAGCAGCCGCCCAUCAGGCCUGUGUGCCGUCAUCGCCGGCGGCCAUGAGUCUGGGACAUGCUGCCAAUAUGGCCACACCACCGGCCUCCGCACCAGCACAGAUCAUGGGUGCAGGUCCAGCCCAAGGCCAAAAGAUGUUCUUUGCCAUGACAAGUCAGUACUCCGUGCUGCCGCGAUCCCAUCAACCGGGGACACCCUCGCUGGAGCAUCUGCAGCUGGAGGCCUUUGCGGGCAGCUAUAUAUUCAAGAAUCACAACGGCCUGCCGCCACCAGUCAGUGCCCAGCCGACAAUGCUGCUCCAUGGCUAUACGCCGAGUCACAGCGCAGAGCCGCCGGCGAGUUCGCCCUCGUACAAGUCGAUGCCCUCCACCCCAAAGUCGGCGACAUAUCACAUGAGUGCACCGCCGCCAGAGCGCGGCAGCCAGGAAGGAGGCGAGGAGAGCGACAUGGACGCCGAUGGGCAGCAGUUCAUAUUGGCCCCAACGCCGGCACAAUUGGGACGAGCACCGCUGCAGCGGCGCAAGAAUUUAUCUCAAAGCAAGUCGGAGAGCAAUGUUUCGUUCGGAGCGAAUCUGGGCGCCAGCAAUGGGGGUGGUCAGCACAUCAGUCGGAAGCUGCACUCCCCCACAAUGAUGGAUGCCUCGUCGCCCAUCAUUGGUCAUGUGAAUAGUUCUAGCCUCAGUUCGGCACUGCCCACGCCCACCUCCUCGACAACGACGCCCAAUAGCGAUGAGCAACUGCCUCUGACGCCCACAACGAGCAACAGCAACAGUCAGCCCAAGUCUCCGUUAAAAGGGGUGUCGGCAGGAGCAGCCGCAGCAGCGGCAGCAGUGGCCCACAAAAAGAAGAACGAUGAAUUGAACAACAGUGUACUCAAGCAGGUGGACUUUGAGAAGAAAUACAAGGCACUGCCGCAGUUCCAGCCAGAGGAUUGCCAGUCGCCCAGUGCCAUAGCUGUGCCCUCCUCCCCGCGAGUGUACGGAACCAAUUAUCGCAAGAAGAACACAGCGCCAGUGCCAGUGCAGAAGCUAAUUUGCGAAGAUGAUUCCAUUGAUGAGCCCGCCUCGGCACCGCCAACCACAACGCAGCGCUUCUUUGGGCCCGACUUUAACAACGAGCUGAAGGAUCAAUGUUUUACAGAACUGGAGAGCUCGGAUCAGACGGGACGGUCGCCCCGGACGCCCAAGACGCCGCUGCAGAGUGCCAGAUCGGAUGCCAGCGAGAAGGGGCAUCGCAAGGUGCUGGAAACGCGUCGCAAUUUGGUUAUGCAGCUGUUUGCCGUUCACGGCAACUUCCCAACAGCACAGGCCACAAUUGCCUUUCAGACCAAGCACAUCGAUGUUUUUCCGCGCAAACAGGAUCUGCAGCUGAAGAUACGCGAAGUGCGACAAAAGUUGCUGGGACAGGCAUCCUGCACACCGCACUCGGCCGGCCCCAAUACGCCGUCCGACUCGAACUCGUCGUCGACCACGCUGAGCGCCAUCAGUGCACACACCACAAACGCUACACCGAAUGCGGCAGUUUCCAUUUCUCAAUGAAAACAUUGUUAAGAUGUUUUUCAAUAUUACUAAACGGCAGGUGAGAAGGAGCAGCAGCAGGAGGACUUGGAGCAGCAUUCUCAGGGCAAAGCAAAUGAAGCGUAGGGGAGUGGAAGCACAGGACACACCAACCGAACCGAUUGUUUGCUGCCAAAAGUGACAAAAUUACUUAACGAUAGAGUAAACUCAAUGAAAGCAGCAGCAACAUCAGCACACACUCACGAAAAAGGAAAGAAAAUCAGCAGAUACAGAUACAGCUCAUGCAUGAGAUGCAGAUGGAUGUUUAACUAGUUUUUAUUCAAUGGAAAACAUAAAUAGAGAGAAAAAAAUUACAAAUUUUUAAUUAGAAUAGGCAUACAAUACGAGUAAAACAAUACAAUACAAUAUACAAUAUAUGUACACCAAGCAACAAAGAUAUCGAUAGGAGAACCGAUUACGAAUGAAUUUAUUAAGCAGCUUAAUAAAUCACAAGAUCAUAGACGGAUAGUAGACGGAAAUUUUUGAAUAAUUGGAACUUUUGAAGCACAUAUGAAGUACAUGCAUACCACAUACAAGAAGAAGAAAAAAACAAAACUAAAACAAAAAAAAAACAAAAAUCGUGUAGUAGAGAGCAUAAAUACAUAAUGGAACGAUUGUAUAAUCCCCCGCUUAAACGAUUAGGUUGAUAAUUUACAGAAAGAACUGCAACAAGGAGACGGAGAUUGAAGUAGCUUUAACCUUAAAUUGCACAUUAAUUUUUGAAGUGUAUUUAGCACAAGUAAAAAAGAAGAAAAGGCAAAGAAUUGUAUAAAACAAAAACUUGAAAAGAACACGUAGUUGUAUUGUAUAUUUAGACAUAAAAUUUAUAACAAAAACACAAGAAGAAGAGAGAACAAAUCUAUGCAAAAAACAAAACACAAACACACUUCCAAAAACACACACACACAUCAAAAUGCUUUUAAAAUGUUUGAUUUUUGUUCUUAAAGCUUUUAACUUUUUUAAAUUGUAUGUACAUUUU